AUGAGUUCGAAAAAGGCAUAUGAUGAGCACGUUAUGGAUGAUGUCGAAGAUGAUAGCGUUAAAGAGCUCGAUCGCGACGACGACAGUACCGGAAGUGAGGGGAGUGAUGACGACGAUUCCAGCGAGGACGAGAAGCAACUGGAAGAUGAUAAUCCAAAACUUAAGCGGCUGCAAGAAAUUGUGAAGACUAUCAAGAGUAAGAAAAUUGACUGGGAUAACCCUAAAGAAUAUUUCGGCGGAAAGAAUCACCAAGGCAAAUACUCCAGCCAUGUAACUGAGCUAUCAGAGGGAGGCGAUGAGAGCAUACUACAUUUGAUUGUCAAGGAUGACGAUGCCACAGCUGAUGAGACCAAAGAGCUAGCCAAGGCGAUCAAGUACAUCGUGCGAUUGUAUCCAAAAUUGAUGACGACGCAGAAUAAACAGUUAUUUACGCCGCUGUAUUAUGCCGUGGAAAAUAUGGACAGGAGGAAGGCGUAUCUUAUCAAAAACGGGUUCUUCAAAUCACGUAUUAAAGACGAUAUAAUGGUGAAGGCCAUCGGGACACCCUGUGUUAUCCAUCAGGAAAACUACUUGCACCGCGUACUGAAGUCCCAACCGAUCAACUACACAGUGCUCAAUUUGCUCAUUGCUAGUGCCGACCGUCAAGCAGUCAACGCGAAAGAUGCACACGCUUGGACUCCUUUGCAUAGAGCAACGCAGUAUGAACACUCCUCCGAAGAGAUGCUCGAUGUCAUCGAAAAACUGAUCAAGAUGGGCGAGCCUGAUUCCGAUUCCAACGGGCUGGACUCCUUACCUCGAGAAUGCGCAUUUGAUACUUACUCCGGUCCCGGACGGGAAAAGCUAUCUGUUUACGAGUACCAUCUAAAAACACGAGAAGACGACGAACAGAGAGAAAAGGCACGGACAUCUAAGAGUACUACACGGUUCCUGUACGGGACCAAUAAAGAUGACGUCCAAUUGUUCUUUGAUUACAGUGGCCUCCCGAAAGACGACGCUGACCCCGGCAUAUUCUACGACAACUUUCAAACAACACAAUUUGACGAGGUUUUACAAUAUGUCGAAUUCCCAGUUGUCAGAUUGAAGGAUAGCAAAUUACCCCGGGGGGAGACCUUCCGAGAGCACAGGAGUCUGUAUAAUUCCAAAACUAUUGGCCGAAGGGAUUUGUUAUUCUUCUUUAGCUGGUUGAAAGACAAAGGAGUCAAGCACAUCAUCAAGGUCAUUGUGCAGGAUUCGACAGAUUGUCAUUGUGAUGAGGUGAUCGAAAAAUGUCUCUCGCCAUUUCAUAUCGACGUUCUUGACUCGUCCAAACUAGACUUGGACCCCGAGAUGCUAUAUAAUGCCUGUCCCGAUGUUAAGGAGCUACUACAUCUUCGAUGGGGUGCAAAUAAUGCAAUCUUACGGGCCUGGGGGGAACCAGAAGGUUUAAGACGGUUAAAGCUGUUGAAUAAGAUCUACUUAUAUUAUGAUCAGACAUCGGAAAUCUCAUCACAAAGGCGAUGA